UGGCUUAUGUUCAUUACUCGAAACACAAUAAACCAAAAAAUUAGUUUACAAAAGACAGACGGAUCGCAAAAGCAUACCUCAAAACAGACCCGAUUAAAAAAAUUAAAAAAAAAUAAAAAAAUAAAAAGACAAGCUUUGAGUGACCAACUCGAACGUCGUCUUCGUCCACGCACAGGAGCUUCAAUUGAAAAUGGUGAGCAAGCACCAUUAUACUCGAGUUGAUACAUUAGAGCUGAGAGAUCUGAUAUGUAGGAAGAUUGGGCAGCAGAGAGCUGAAAAGUACUUCAAUGAGCUUAGUAGAUUUUUCAGUUCAAAGCUGAGCAAGGUUGACUUCGAUAAGUCUUGCAUUCGAACUAUUGGGAGAGAGAAUAUCCACCUACAUAAUCGUCUCCUUCUCUCCAUUGUGAAAAAUGCCUCUUUGUCUAAGGUUCCUCCACCAAAACCUAAAAAGGUUGAUGAAUCUCUCAGCAUCAAGGUCGGGAAUGGUUACCAAAGAAGUUGUCUACAGUCGCUCUAUGGUGAUGCAUUUCCCUCAUCACCUCGCAAAACCAGGUCUCCAGUUAGUAGGGACAGAAGGUUGCGGGACCGUCCAAGUCCUCUUGGACCGCUUGGGAAGAGCCCUAUAACUUGUGAAGAAGCAGCACCUAGGAUACAAGAACAGCAAAGUGCCACGGAAUUGCAUUCUCUUGGUAGCAGACCUCCAGUUGAAGUUGCAUCUGUAGAAGAUGGGGAAGAAGUUGAACAAUUUGUUGGAAGUCCAGGCAUUCAAAGCAGAAGCCUCGUCACUGCCCCUCUCGGAAUUUCUGUGAAUGUUGGUGGUGCUCGGAAAACUCUCCAUAGUGGAUCUGUGUACAACUUUAGUCUGGAGACUUGUCAAAGCCAUAGAGAAUUGCCUGAUAGUCGAUCGUUAAAAAGCCGUUUGGAGCAGAAGUUAGAGUCAGAGGGGCUUGGCAUAUCAUUGGACUGUGCUAACCUGCUAAAUAAUAGUUUAGAUGCAUUUUUGAAAAGGCUGAUUGAACCUUGCAUAGGACUGGCUGGCUCUCGACAUACAAAUGAACAUAUCAGACGUCGUAAUGGCCAAAUACUGCCUGGAUGGUACGGGCAAUUUCCUGGGAAUCAUACAAAAAGACAAACAAAAUCCUCGUGUGUAAGUAUGUCGGAUUUCCGAGUGGCAAUGGAGAUAAAUCCUCGUAUACUUGGGGGAGAUUGGUCCACGCUACUUGAGAAGGUCUGUGCGUCUGCUUCAGAAUAAACAGCUCUUUGUCAUCAAUCUUGUUACCAGAUGGAUAAGUGGAGAUUUCAAGCUUUUGCGUCUGAUUUGAUGAUGAGGUUCUUGACAUGAUUUCUCACGAAAUGAAGUAUAAGUGAGAAUUGUCAAAGGAACAAGCAUGUGAAUAUUGUGGGAACACGUCGGAUGUGUGGGAUGAGAUUUGUAUUCUAGGAGAAUUGGUCCCUUGAAAGGGACAUGUUUACAUAGAUUACUCAUAGAUAUUGUUUAGAAGCACUCGGUCUUAUGUCAUUUUUCUUUUUACAGAUGAGGUUUUCUAUGAAAUAUUUUCAUGAAAUAAAUCAUUUAGUUCCAUGCAGCUGUGUGCUAUUGUAACUGAGAAGUCAUCAAGUGAAUCAAUUUCUAACCAUUA